AUGUCAUUGAAAUCCAGGCGAAAUCCUGAUGAAAUCUGGGUGAAAUCCAGGAAAAUGUCAUUGAAAUGCAUAAUUGUUGGAUACGGUGAUAUCCCGCCGGGAUACGGCUCAGGUCGACUCGUUUCCGGCGGGAUCCGUUGUGUUUCCGAUCAUUUCAUUGUGGGAUACGGGACUGUCGCGUUUUUUUACGGCGGCCGGAUUUUUAAGGUUUUGUUCGGUUCCGGUACGGGUGAUUUCCGGUGGGAAUACUGCUUCCAUAUUCCGUAUCGUUUUGCGGCGGGUUCCGGUGGAAUCCUUGCUCGGAAACGGCGGGAAGAUGCGGGAAAAGGCCACGGUUCCGGAAGGAUCCCGCGGGAUCCAGUCACCUCAGUGGAUUCAGCUUACGAUAUAGUCGGUAGCUGGAGGUUUCAUUACAUCCCCUGA